UUUCCAACAUGGUUUUCUAACCUCAAAAAAAAGUAAACACCGCUUUUCAUUUAUAUUUUUGAUACAUACCUUUAAAUUUCUUCAGAAUUAUGAAGUUAUUUGUUAUUUUACAGUAAAAACUAGAGUAAUUAAAUUAUUUUUUUAAACAUAAUUAUAAACACAAAAUAUGGAAAUAAACGAAGUGGAAACGAGUGUUUCAAUUUUGACAACAGAAGUUCAAAAUAUCAGUGAUACUUUAGAUGAAUUUAAAAAGCCAUUUAAUACUCUCGAAGAUUUUCUUAACUUAUUACAUUCAGAAGAGGUGAAAAUAAAUGUCGAAUUAUCACUAGAACGCGAAAAUAAUGAAUGUAACGAAGAUAAACAAUCAUCUAAAAAUGAACAACACUCACACACACUUGACACUGACUGCAUUGAAAAAAUUGACAGUGAGAAUUGUGAAAAUAAUGGAGAAAAUGAAAAAAAUCAAGACAAUGCUUUAACAAUGGAUGUGGAUGAAAAUAUAUUGGAGGAUAAAGCAAAAUCACCACUAAAGAAUUUAGAAGUAGAAAUAGAAUCGUUAAAUCUUGAAUACAAAUGGACAGUAUCUAAAAAACUAUUGUGUUCUGCAACAGAAGAAUACAAACCUUCUGAAACCUGUGAGAAUUAUACGAAAGGAUGUCAAUGGUCUCCAGAUGGAACAUGCCUAAUGGUUCCAUCGGAAGAUUUUCGAAUACGAAUUUACGAAUUACCCAAAGAAUUAUAUUCAGAGAAACCGUCAAUAAAUUUAGCGUCAUCUAAUUUAAAUGCUGCACUUUGUAUAAAAGAAGGAGGACUUAUUUACGAUAGUUGUUGGUAUCCUUACAUGAACUCUUGGAAUCCAGCAACGUGUUGUUUUUUAACUACGAGUCAAGAGACUCCUAUUCAUUUAUGGGAUGCAUUUACCGGAGAAUUGAGAGCUACCUACAGAGCAUACAAUCAGGUAGAUGAGGUGGAACCUGCAAUUAGCAUAAGAUUUAUAAAUACAGGUACUGAAGUUUGGAGUGGAUUUAAAGGCGCUUUACGAAAAUUUGACACUGAAAGGCCAGGACGACAAACGGAAGAUAUAUUUUUAAAACAUGACUUUCCAAAUAUUUCUGGAUUAGUUUCUUGUAUUCGUGAAAAUCCAAUAAUGCCAGGACUUGUGGCAUUUGGUACUUAUUCUAAAUACAUAGGUUUAUAUCAAAAUGGACCAGUUUGUUGUUUUAAAACCAGUAGUGGAGUAACGCAAGUUGAAUUUAGUCCUUGUGGUACUAAAUUAUAUUCAGCUGUGAGACGUAAUAAUGAAUUUUUGUGUUGGGAUCUACGAAAUCCUGGAGUUGUUUUAUGGUCAUUAGAAAACCGAGAAGCCAACUCGAAUCAAAAAAUUAAUUUUGAUAUUUCAAAAGAUGGAUCGACGAUUGUUUCCGGUGGUAAAGACGGUUCAGUAAAAGUUUGGCAAGUUGACGCAGUUCAAGAAACUGAAGAAGAAGCGGAAGAAUUAAAUCCAAUCACUAGUAUUCCAUUAUCAAAAGACUGUAUAAAUGGAGUAAGUUUACAUGCAAGUUUACCUAUUUUAGCUACCAGUUCAGGUCAAAGAAUAUGUGACGAUGAGGAACAAUAUCGUGAUAAUAGCGUAAGACUUUGGUGGUUCGGUAAUAAUAAAAGCGUGUAAAAAAAAAAAUGAAUUUUUUUUUAAAAAUAAUUUGUAAAUUUAUAAAUUUCAUUAAAGAUACGAUACAUUUUUUUUAAUAUAAAAUGAAGACAUUACAUUUUCACAAUUUCACCACUAUUUUAUAAAAAUAAAUUGUAAAAAAAACUUAUUAAGUUCUAUACCGUGAUUCCGAUCACUGUAUUAAAAAUUGUUUUUUAUAUAAAAAGAGUUCAUACAUUUAAUGCAAAUAGUGGUAUACUUAUUGUAAUAAAUAUUAUUAUAUUUUGAUUGUGACCAUUAGGUUAUAAAAUUGGCCUGUAUCUUUAAUAAUAAUAAUAAAAAUAUAAAAAUUCAA